AUGGUAUAUACUUCCAAGGCAUUCUUUGUGAGAGGUUGGCUAAGGAUGGGAGAUGAGAUAUCUGUGCAGAAAUCAUCUAAUCUUGGAGGAACAUUCACCUACAACCCAUUUCUGCCUAACUUGGCAUGUCUACCAUUCUUGGCAAAAUCUUCUCUCUCAGUGAAUGCUGUUGCUAUAGUAAUCGUAUUAGCACUGAUUCUGCAUUUUGAACCCCACUACGGACAGACAAACAUAUUGGUUUACUUGGGCAUCUGUUCUCUAAUGGGCUCGUUGACGGGGGAAAUCAGCCAGGUUGCAUACCCUCAGACAUGGUUUUUUGUUGUAGUUGCAGUUAUCUGUGUCAUCACCCAAUUGAAUUACCUGAACAGGGCAUUGGAUUCCUUCAACACGGCAAUCGUUUCACCAAUUUACUAUGUAAUGUUUACAACUCUAACAAUAAUUGCAAGUGCGAUUAUGUUCAAGGAUUGCUAUGGUCAAGAUGUAAGCAGUAUAACUUCAAAGCUCUGUGGGUUCAUUACGGUCCUUUCUGGAACAAUCAUAUUGCAUUCUGUGAGAGAACAGGAGCCAGCUCCCGCUGCAGCAUCUAUAUCAUGGUACAUUUCUAGAAGCAAUGGGGACUUGAUGAAGCAUGCUGGAUAUGACACGGGACGAGUUUGAUGCCUUCUGGCCACUUCCAUUGUCUAAUGGGAUUGAAGUGUUUGUUCAGUAACAGUUCCAUGGUAUAUAUAUACUUCCAAGGCAUUCUUUGUGAGAGGUUGGCCAAGGAUGGGAGAUGAGAUAUCUGUGCAGAAAUCAUCUAAUCUUGGGUGGGAUUUUUCUGGGACCUGUGGAGGUUUUUUUUUUCCCGUGAUUUUGUACCUCGUUGGUUGUUCUUGUUCAUGUAGAGGAACAUUCACCUACAAUCCAUUUCUGCCUAACUUGGCAUGUCUACCAUUCUUGGCAAAAUCUUCUCUCUCAGUGAAUGGUAUAAAUCAUCUUGCAAUGGGUUAUAGGUGAGUACUCCUCACGUGUCCUUGUAUAUGAAACUUCUAUUUUGUGGCAUCUGAGACUUUUGUUAUUGCCUGUUGUUUAUACAACUUUCUUGGUUGUAACCGGGAUGCGAUGUGCUGAAUAGAAUUGUAGCUGUCUGUGGG